GAGUGGCCGACACGCUUCGGGCGCUGGCGGCUGGCAGUCAGGCAGGCGGGGGUCGAUCUCGAUCUGGAGGGCGGCGGCGCACAGCUGGUCGCGGCCCUGGGCAUUCCCGCGGACGGCGGCGCGCUGGUGCGGCCGGACGGCGUUGUAGCUGCGAGCGGGGGCCCGGGCGCCGCAGAGGAGUGGCUCGCGCGGCACGUCGGCGGCACCGGGGCUAGCGCAAAGGCUGCGUGA